UUUCCUUGGUUCCAUAAAUACCAACUUUAUUAUUUCCAAAAUCCCCUUUCAAAUUCACCUCAAUCUCCAUCAUACAUUCUGUAAUCCUGCACCCACCUUCCCUUCUGGCCUCUACAGAUUAUAAUCCGGAUACGUAGAGAGACAAAGAAUCUGAGGUGAUAAAAAGACAGGUCUUGUCUAGUUGUCUGACUCUUUUUUCCCCUUUUCUUGUAUAAAGAUUUGAAAUUUUUUCUUGGAAUAUAUGGCCAUAUAGGGAGGCUUCUUUUGUUCUCCUUGCAACAUGGAAAUAGCAAGUUGAUUGUCUUGUUCAGAUAAAACUGUGUACUGUAAAAGAAAAAAAAAAAAGCCUUUUAAAAGUCUGGUAUGUAUCUUUACUGUGCAGCUUCUCUCACUACUUCAAAACUCUUCUGUUAUCCUGUUACUCAUUUCUUUGCCCAGAAACUCUCUUACAUUUUUACAGUUCUUUGCAGCAUAGGCAGAAGUUUGGUAAUGAUCGGAAAAAUGGCUGAAUGUGGAGGGGGGAAUGCUGUCGAUAUAUUAUCAGCUGAAGAUUGGUUGUUGCGAGCACAAGAGCUUGUUCCAGUGGCACUGGAGACUGCACGAGGGGUUAGAGGAUUCCCGGGGAGGUGGAAGAUGAUAAUUUCAAAAUUGGAGCAGAUUCCAUCGAGGUUGUCGGAUUUGUCUAGCCAUCCUUGCUUCUUAAAGAACGCCCUAUGUAAAGAGCAGCUGCUGGCAGUAACGAAGACACUGAACGAAGCAAUUGAGCUAGCUGGGAUGUGUGUGAAAGAAAAGUACGACGGAAAGCUUCAGAUGCAAAGUGAUUUAGACACUUUGUCCGGGAAAUUGGACUUAAAUUUGCGUGAUUGUGGGAUUUUGAUUAAAACGGGAGUGCUUGGUGAAGUUACUCUAUCGUCGGCUGCUGCAAGCACUUCCAUUCGCAGCAAUUUAAGGGAAUUGCUUGCCCGUCUUCAAAUAGGUCAUUUGGAGGCUAAACAUAGAGCUCUCGAUAGCCUCCUAGAAGCCAUGAAAGAGGAUGAAAAGAAUGUUCUUGCUGUCUUAGGGCAUAGCAAUAUUGCAGCUCUAAUCCAAUUGCUUACUGCUACUUCGCCUCAGAUAAGAGAAAAAACAGUCAGAAUAUUUUGCUCGCUUGCAGAGUCGGGAUGCUGUGAAAAAUUGCUCGUUUCGGAAAGUGUACUCCCCCCUCUUAUACGCCUUGUUGAAUCCGGUACUCCCUUGGCUAAAGAGAAGGCUACCGUUUCUCUUCAGAGACUGUCAAUGUCAACAGAAACCGCUCAAUCAAUCAUUGGGUAUGGAGGCGUUAGGCCUCUGAUUGAAAUCUGUCAAACGGGUGAUUCUGUUUCACAGGCUGCUGCUGCUUGUACUUUGAAAAACGUAUCUGCUGUGCCAGAUGUGCAACGAGUCCUAGCUGAAGAAGGCGUUGUUAAAGUAAUGAUCAGUCUUCUCAAUUGUGGCAUUCUUCUCGGGUCGAAAGAACACGCUGCUGAAUGCUUGCAAAAUCUUUCCUCGGGCAAUGAUGAUCUUAAACGACAUAUUAUAUCCGAGGGUGGAGUCCAAAGCCUGCUCGUGUAUUUGGAUGGCCCGUUGCCUCAAGAAUCAGCGGUUGGGGCAUUGAAAAAUUUGGUCAGCUCCAUUUCCAUCGAGCUAUUAAUUUCACUCAGUGUCCUCCCGAGGUUAGUUCAUGUACUCAAAUCGGGAUCACCUGGUGCACAGCAAGCGUCUGCUACUGCAAUCUGCAGAAUCUGCACAUCUGCUGUCACGAAAAAGACAGUAGGCGAGGCGGGAUGCAUUCCUCUUCUCGUUAAAACAUUAGAGGCGAAAGCAAACAGCACGAGGGAGGUAGCUGCUCGAGCGCUCUAUACCCUGAUGACCGUAGCAUAUAAUUGCAGAGAAGUGAAGAAGGACGAUAGAAGCGUGCCAAAUUUGGUGCAAUUGCUCGAUCCAAGUCCUCAAAACAGCGCCAAAAAGUAUGCAGUCUCGUGUCUUACGUUGCUUACCUCGAGCAGGAACUGCAAGAGGCUGAUGGUUUCGUAUGGAGCUAUCGGUUAUCUCAAGAAGCUCACCGAGAUGGAUGUUCCGGGAGCCAAUACGCUACUCCAGCUUUUGGAAAGAGGGAAACUGAGAAGUUUGUUUAGCAGAAAAUAAAGUGGAUUUCUAUGAUGAAUUCUCUCUUCUUCUCCUUUGACUAAUGCCAUUAUCAUCUGAAACAAAUAGCCUCUUUUUGCCAUCUGCAAAGUGUAAGCUUAGCUUAGCUUGUUAAUCUAGCAAUCAAAGUUGUUAUGUUAACUGUAAACAUAAACACCCCCCUGGCCCCCUCAAUUGUUUAUAUAUAAUUCUAUGAUUUCUCUUUUA